AAGCCAACCCACUGAACAACAGUCCUGUGCUGGAAUGCGCCGCUGCUCGCUCUGGAGGGAAGAGUGUGAAGUUAUGGCUUUAACAUGGCCGAUAAAGGUCCUUUUUUAACUUCUUGCAUCAUUUUCUACCUCUCGAUCGGUGCCGCGAUUUUCCAGAUUUUCGAGGAGCCAAACUGGAAAGCGGCCAGAGACAAAUAUAUUGAGCAGAAGGAAAACAUCUUGAGGAGCAACAACGUCACAAAGGAAACCCUAGAUGAGAUACUGAAGAUUGCGUCUGAGGCCGCCGGCCAAGGUGUGGCUAUUACGGGGGACAAUCACCGCAACACAUGGGACUGGGGCAAUUCUGUUAUCUUUGCUGCCACCAUCGUCACGACUAUAGGUUAUGGUAAUGUUGCUCCCAAGACCAAAGCUGGCCGCGUGUUUUGCAUCCUGUAUGGCCUGUGUGGGAUCCCUCUCUGCCUGGUGUGGAUAAGCACACUGGGAUCUUUCUUUGGAGACCGGGCGAAACGACUGUCUGGGAUUCUGAUAGAAAAGGGUGUUUCAGUGAAAAAGGUCCAGCUCACAUGCACUGCCAUAUUCCUCCUAUGGGGUUUGCUGGUGCACUUGGUGAUCCCUCCGCUUGUUUUUAUGUCUGUGGAAGGAUGGAGUUAUCUAGAAGGGAUUUACUUCUCCUUCAUCACACUUACAACAGUUGGCUUUGGAGAUUAUGUGGCAGGUGUAAAUCCUGAUAUUGAAUACCCAAAACUCUACAGGAUAAUGGCAGAGUUAUGGAUGUAUAUGGGAUUGGCCUGGCUGUCUUUGUUCUUUAGCUGGAAUGUCCACAUGGUUGUGGAAGCUCACAAAGUGCUGAGGAAGAAACGACAGCAUAGGCACAGGAACAGACCCUUGUACAUGGAGCCAGAAGAGCAACAACAGAAGCAAAAACCAGACGUGAGGCCGACUGUCGUCGACAUCUUCAACUUCCUUUCCGAGAAGGACGAAGACUACAGCACAGUCAUCAAAGAGAUCGGAAUUAAUGCAAGGAAAAGGAAACCAGCACCAAUACAGAACAUAAACCGCUCCAAGAGCUGCAGUGACAUUUUGGCCAAUCACAUCCAGACCUUGGAGCACUCACCACGGCACAAGAGACACAUCAGUUUAAGUGAGGUGUUUGCAAAUGCAAUGGUGGACGAAAGUAAACAGGAAGAAGAGGAAAACAUCAAGGAACCCACGUCAGAAGCGUGUGAAAUAACAGACCGUGAGGAAAAUAGAAAUUAUGGCUCCUCUGAAUCAGUAAAUGAUGGGAUCACCUUCACAGUGCCAGACAAAGAUGCUGCAGAAGAAGAGAAAGUGCAGCAUCCUGAUGGUGGGGAGACUCGAUUUACAAUUUCUAAGGUGGCAGAAAAUAGUAUUUCUAUAGAUGAAAAAGGAUGAUACAUGCUUGCUCCCUGGCAAAACAGAAAACAGUAUUUUCAGUUGUAUUUGAUGGUGCGCUCACAAAUAAUGAUGGGAAGUUUGGCUCUUUUCAGAGCCGGCUCUUGUGUCUCCCAAAAGGUUAGUUGUUUUUCGUCUGUAGCCUCCUAUUUUAGCUUAAACUUGGCAACUCAGAACAUUUUAUAUGUUUAGAAAUCUUUUUUGCAUUCAGUGUUUAGAAACCGUCUUAAAAACUGCCUCACAUAAUCAAUGCCAACGUUGAUUAUAUUACACAUGGAUUUUAAGAUUGUUUAAUACAUUUUCUUUUUAUUCCUGUAUUUAUUACGUGCUGUAACAUCACCUUGUCAACGAGACCAGAGAUGGAAGUUAGUUAGCGACUAUAAUCUCAUGUAUUGUAAAUGUUCAUUAAUAUGGAUUGUCCCAUUUUUAAAAAUAAACUUGAACUUAUGAUGGA